AUGGAAAAAGGGAUUAGGGUUACAAACAAAGUGACCACUCAGCUUCUCAACGGAGUUCUCUUCAUCUCUGUCUUCUCUCUCGCGACGGCGGCGGAAACCUCUUCCUUCAAUCUUCCGUCUCUCACGCGCUUCGCUUCAUCAUCUCUUGCGGCUCAGCGGCGGCGGCUCCCUUCUCCAGACCAAAUCGGCGGUGAAACUCCUCAUCUUCAAACCAAAUCGGCGGCGAACUCGACCUCCUUCACCGAUUCUCUUCGUCUUCUUGCUUCUUCACAUAGAAGCUUCUCUUCUAUAAUCAAAACAACAACGAUGAUGCCGUUAUGA